UCAAACAAUCAGCCCAUGAACAAGCCGCUAGAAAAGCCCACUACUGAUCGGCAGUCGUCACUCUCGUCGCCGCUCCCGUAAUUCACACAAACCAUUCCCGGUGGUUUUGCAGAAUCUCGAAAAUUAUUCGUAACCUUUUUUUUAUAUUUAUUCUAUUUAAGUUUCCCAACAAAUCCGUGUCCGCGGAAGAUCCUAUGUUCUAGGUCUUGAAGAUUUUUUGAUGCAAAUUCAUCGCAAGGGUUUGUUGAAUUAGAUCAAUAACCCAUGCGAAGAAGUUAUAUAUGUUCAGAGGUGUUUCAUCAUACAUGUUUUGGAUCUUGAAGAUCGGAGGAACAUAAUUAUAAUUGAUGUAUCCAGGAAUCGUUGGUUCAUGAGUGAUAACAACAGAGGAAAUAAGGUAUGACUCAACCAUCGGUAAUUUUAGCAACUGCUAGCUAUGAUCACACCAUUAGGUUCUGGGAAGCCAAAAGCGGGCGCUGCUAUCGAACAAUUCAGUACCCAGAAUCUCAAGUUAAUCGGCUGGAGAUAACUCCAGAUAAGAGGUACCUAGCUGCUGCAGGGAACCCACACAUUCGACUUUUUGAUGUCAACUCCACCAGCCCUCAGCCUGUGAUGAGCUAUGAUUCACACACAAACAAUGUAAUGGCUGUGGGAUUUCAGUGUGAUGGAAAAUGGAUGUAUUCGGGUUCUGAAGAUGGAACUGUAAAGAUCUGGGAUUUGAGGGCACCAGGGUGUCAACGAGAAUAUGAAAGUCGAGCUGCUGUUAACACGGUGGUUUUGCAUCCAAAUCAGACUGAGCUGAUAUCUGGUGAUCAAAAUGGCAACAUUCGUGUAUGGGAUUUGACUGCAAACUCUUGUAGCUGUGAGCUGGUGCCAGAGGUUGAUACAGCAGUGAGAUCAUUGACAGUGAUGUGGGAUGGAAGCUUGGUAGUUGCUGCAAACAACAAAGGAACUUGUUAUGUCUGGAGGCUCUUACGUGGGACACAGACAAUGACCAAUUUUGAGCCACUUCACAAGCUACAGGCUCAUGAUGGUUAUAUCCUCAAAUGUCUCCUAUCACCCGAGUUUUGUGAACCUCAGAGGUAUCUGGCAACUGCAUCUUCUGAUAGUACAGUCAAGAUAUGGAAUGUAGAUGGUUUUACUUUGGAGAAAACACUAGUUGGGCACCAACGAUGGGUAUGGGAUUGCGUGUUUUCUGUAGAUGGUGCUUAUCUCAUUACAGCUUCGUCUGAUACAACAGCAAGGCUUUGGUCAAUGUCAACUGGUGAAGAUAUUAGAGUUUAUCAGGGACAUCAUAAAGCCACUGUCUGCUGUGCUCUUCAUGAUGGUGCUGAAACCACUGCUACCUGAUACACUCCAUAAUCACCAAAAAAUACUUCCAAUUUCAUUGCUUGUUUGAAUUUAAGUACUUGUAUGCAAUGCAUUCUGUUUUACUCACAGAUGGAUCUCCACCAUUAUCAUGUCUAUAUUGGGGUUCUCCGUUUUCUUUA